AUGAGUGAGAGUGAAAAUCCAGUUGAACAUCAACGUCUCUCCGACGACAGAGGUAGACGUUCCCGCAGUCGCUCCAGAUCCCGUUCUCCUGGACGUGAGCACAGUGAACACAGAUACAGAAGCCGUUCUCGCUCAAGGGAACCAUUAGGUCGUGAAGAUGAAAAUCCUGGUGAUAACUUAUUCAUCACCGGUCUUACAGUAAGAACAAAUGGUGCUGAUCUUGAAGAAAUUUUCGCAAAAUAUGGCAAGGUUAUAAAAGCAGAAAUCAUGUAUGAUCCUCAUACACGUGAAUCCCGUGGUUUUGGCUUUAUUCGUAUGGCUAGUGCUGAAGACGCCGAAAGAGCCUUGACUGGCGUCAGUGGAACUGAAAUUGACGGUCGCGUUGUUACAGUUGAAAAGGCAAGACGUUCUAGACCUAGAACACCUACUCCUGGUCGCUAUUAUGGACCUCCUAAGCGCGGACCUCCCAGAGAUAGAAGAGACCAUCAUCGACCUCCCCGUGGUGACCCAAGAUACGAUCGUUACUAUGAACGAUCUUACAUGGACCGCUAUGAUCCUCCCAGAUACGACCGUUAUGAAAGGGAUCGUUACGACCGUUAUGAUCGCUACGAUAGGUACGACCGUUACGACCGCUAUGACCGCUAUGACCGUCGCCCACCACCACCAAGAUAUGAACCCUACCCUCCUCGUACCAGAUCACCUUAUUAA